AUGUCUUUUGCCGCCGUCCGCACGCCGUCGCGCGCCUCUUCCUCCAAGACGCCGGAACCAUUCCGCCGCAACGAUAGGUACGAUCGCAUUGACCACCGCGCAAGCCAAGACGACGACGACGACGACGACGAUGUAGUUGAAGUCGUCCGCUCACCCCUCACCUUUGCAAGUCCAGAGAUCAAAGCGCUGUCCACACUGCGCGGCUCCGAGCUGUACCGCGACAUCACCCGUCCCGUCGACGUCGGCCUGGCGCUCCAGGUGCGCUUGGCCAAAGACCCGCCCAGGAUCCGCCCCGAGCUCGAGGCUAUGAGGCUGCUCGACUUCUUCAUCGCCUACGUCCAAGAACGCGAGCUCGGUAACCUCGGCCUCGACGUCGUCAACGAGCACGCCUCGAGCGUCAGCGAAGUCAUCCCACCGUGGGACUUUGUCUGGGUCGACGACUACAUCAUCGACCCCUCGCUCAAGCACGUUCGGGAGAUCGAACCGCUCGACAAGGUGAACGGCUACGCGCUCACCGACGAGCUCGUCGCCAACGGCGGAUGCAACUGCCCCGACGACGAGUGCGAUCCUCGCACGUGCGAAUGCGUCCGCAGGGCGAACCGAUGCUAUCCCUUCGUCGACGCUUACUACCAAAGGAUGCUCAACGGCGACGACGGUGUCGACAAGUCAAAGCCGACAGGCGACUUCAACUUUAUCUACGACGCCUACGGACGCAUCCACCCCGACGUCCCCGCGGGCGAGCCCAUCUUCGAGUGCAACAAGAACUGCAGCUGCUCGAGCGCUUGCCACAACCGUGUGGUGCAGAAGGGUCGCAAGGUCCCCCUCGCCUUUCACAAGACCGAGAGCAAGGGCUGGGGCAUCAAGACGCUUCAGAACCUCAAAAGGGGAACAUUCGUUGGUGCGUACGGCGGCGAGCUCCUUUCGGACACAGAGGCCGAGCGACGCGCCGAGAUCUACGAAAGGGAGCUGGGCACUACGUACCUACAGGACGUGGACAACCACAUUAUCAAGGUGCAUCUCACGCGCCAGAUCCUCGAGCGCAAGCUCGCCGAGUCGGGCAAGCUCGACGACUAUCGCGGCAGUGCCGCUAAGGAGCGCAAGAUGGUCGAGUACGUCACGCGCGUGGCCAACCUCAUCGAAUUUUACGACGAGUACAUGAAGGUUCACGUCGUCGCGAGCGGCGAUACCGAGCUGCAAGAGGCCGAGCAGCGGCGCAGCGAUGGCAAGCCUGCGAGUCGCCAGGACAAAGACGCCUUCCGGCGUCAACGCGGAGCAGCUUUGCAACGUGCGCGCCAGGUGGCCGAGCGCGAGCGCCAGCGCCUGCGCCGUCUCGAUCCGACCAAGACCUUCCCCGACGAGUACGACGAGGACGAGCUUGCAGAUCCCGGGUGGCGAUUCCUCUCGCUCGACGACCCUGAUCUGCAGCAAGAGAUUGUGGUCAUGGCCAACGAGCGCUCGGAGAUGGAGGACGAGUUGCGCCUCACGGUCGACUCGGCGUUGAUGGGCAACUACACGCGCUUCUUCAACCACUCGUGCGACCCCAACCUCCUGCACGUGCCGACAUACAUCGACGACGCCUCGAUCCUGCGCCCGCUCCUGGCGUUCUUCACCUCGCGAGAGGUGGCGGCGGGCGAAGAGCUGUGCUUCAGCUAUGCAGGCGAAGCGGCUGCCGUGGACCAAGACGACCUGCCCGCCUCCUCGCCACAGAGCCCGGCCAAGCCCGCGCGCCGCUCACGCACCGCCAUGCACCCGCCCGCCGCCAAGCCCGGCCGCGACACGGUGGCCGCCGUCACCGCCUCGGCCCAGGACGCCGCGCGCGCCGCCACCACCAAGCACAAACGCCUCGAGAUCAAGUGCGCGUGCGGCGCCAAGAACUGCACUGGGCGUGUCUUCUUUUAG